AUCGUUGUGCGCGGAUUUCGCAGUAGCGUUCGAUGCGCCCGUGGUAGUGAUCUAAAUGAAGUUUCGCCGAGGCAUUACUAAGCUAAAGAGUCGGAUUCUAGUCCCUCUAAUGGUUCAAAUAUUAUAGCGGGGCGUCCGAGCAGUCUUCUGUCGUGAACAUGCUGCCAGGGGUAGGUGUUUUCGGAACUGGUAAGUCGGUGCGAGUGCUGGUCCCGUGUUUGCGCUCUCGUGGCUUCAAGGUAGAAGCCAUUUGGGGCCGGACUAUCGACACGGCGAAGGAAGCUGCUUUGGAACUGGGCAUUCCGUUUUAUACGAACAAGGAGGAUGAGGUACUACUACGCAAGAGCGUCGAUUUGGUGUUCAUCAUGUGCUCUCCUCACCAACACGCCCAGAUCGCCGUCAAGGCUCUCGGAAUUGGAAAGCAUGUUUUGUGUGAUCGCCCCGCUGGUCUGUCACAGUCGGAAGUACUUAAGAUGGUGCGAGCAGCGCAGUACUACCCAACGCUCAUAUCGGUGCUUUGUCACAGUCUGCGAUUCCUACCAGCUUACGUUCACAUGAAGCGGCAGAUACAGGACGGCUAUGUGGGAACCGUGCAGAUAAUUGAGGCUCGUGUACACUGCGGUUCUCUCGUCCACGACUGCUAUGACUGGACGUGUGAAGAGUCCAUGGGAGGGGGUGUGCUGUCCACAUUUGGUAGUCACAUCAUCGACAUAGCGGCAUUUGUGACGGGUCUUCGCGCAGUUCGCGUGCACGGCUUGACGAGGACGUUGACCAAGACGACGGACACGGUGUGUGGCAUUCGGCAGGUGAGCAGCGACGACUUCUGCUCCUUCCAAAUGGAGCUGAGCAACGGGGCGUACGCAACCGUCACGCUGAACAGCCACUGUGCGGGCCAGUUCAGCCAGGAGCUCCUGGUGUGCGGUACACGCGGCAAGCUGGUGGUGCGCAGCGGGGAUUUGCACGGACAGCGCAAAGGCGCCAAGGAGGAAGUGCUGUACCUGGACGUCGAGGACCUGAAGCAGGCGCCUGACUGCGUAGUGCCGAAGCCGCACGCCAAGGGACUCGUCAAGAUGGUCACAGCGCUGCGAGAUGCUUUCGCCUCGCGUGCCAACGCCCCUGGUUGGGCCAAGGAGCCUACAGAAAGUGCUGCUAGCUUCGAAGACGGCCUCUACAUUCAAGCCAUUAUGGAAGCCGUUCGCCAAUCAUCGCAGACGCGUCAGUGGGUGCGCGUGCAGUUGUUACAGGACGAGGGCCGCAACAAGGGUGCCUUCUGCAGCCUCUAUCAGAUGGCCAGUGCUUCCAUGUAACUACUCGUUAGCUUUAUUUAUUGCAUUAUGACGCACAAGUUCUACACACCUUGCCACCUCCACAGCACAGGGAUGUACAAGUGCAGCUUCAUCGUGCUAAUCAUGCAGAGUCCGCACGGGUUCUAAGUGUACAUAGCUCUCGUGAAAACGGUGCCACUAAAUUACAGUUCCCGCUGGACAGAUUACCACCUGCAUUUAUGCAUCCUCUUUUUUUCGCUCUUUUUUUCUGCCAGUAUUUUCAUGCAGGUGUAGCUGCCUUUUCAUACUUACGGUGUGGCGAAGGACUGCACACUCAAAGUGUCCGCUGUUCUUGCUGGUUAACUUAGCACAGCAUUUGAAGGUGCCUGAGUAUGGAAAAUUCAAAGCAUCUCAGUAGUCAUUGGCAGGUAGCAGCACAUCAUAGUCUUCUUGAGGCUCAGAAUGAAGGGAAAGUGCAGCUGUGCAUAUGCAGGUAUACAGCAAAUUGUAGGUUGUGCUAACAUUAACGUGGUGAUCCAUGUGCCCACGCUGAAGCUACAUGUGCAUUGUUGGUCCUGUUGUGAUUACAAGGUAGCUGACGAUCUCAGGUUGCUUUUAAUCUCUGCUGUCAUUGUUGGUACCUGUUCAAGUUUUGAAUGAAAUUCUAGUCCUUUUCUACAAAUGGCAUGUAGUGCUUAUUAAGAAAAGGGUGCAGAGGCCCUUUUGCCAAUGAUCUUGGGCAUAUUUUGAGGGAUUUCACUGUUUGUGCUCACUGCUGCAUUUAUUUUGUUUGGCAGCUUGUUCUCAUUUAUACAGUUGUUUUGCGAAUCUGUAGGUGCUUCUUUUUCUUUUUUAAUUACAACUCUGACAUGUAAUGUGCAUGUAUAACACACA